AUGAAUACUUUAUAGGAAAACAAAUUAUUUGUUUAGCAAAUUAAACAAAAACAGGACGAGUUCAAAAAAACUAUUUAAAUUCCAUUUAAGAAAGAGCCUCCUCUCUUGUAGCAGCAUAAUUUUAAUUAGCUCACAUCUCCGAAUUAAAGAAGAGAGCAAACUCCAAAUUAAAGAAAGGGCAAGAUUGAAAAUGAUAAUUCGUGUUCCCCCACUCUUUUUCGCACUCCUUAGAUUAGUUUGCAUUAUGAAUAAAACAAAAAGCAGCAUCAAUUGAGUAAUAAUAGGAGUCGCAACGAAAAUGUAUCAAUUUACAAAGAGAGAAGAGAGCCGAUUAACGACUCAGCGACUAAGGAUUACUCGAGAGUAUUGGAUGAGGUGAUGAAAAAAUACAGACAAUUGAAGUCAGAGUUGUUGACUAAGGAUAAGGAAGUGCAGAAGACAAGGUUUUAUAAGGAAGAGUGGUUGAAAGAGAAGGUGUAUUUAUAUCAUCGUAAUGAAUAAUUACAAGAGAGAAACAAGAUUUUAAAAACGAAGAUGCUGAAAAUCAUUGAAUUAGUUUAAUAAGAUUAGUUGAAAUAGAAUGACGAUUCGGAGGGUAUAAUCGCUAGUCUCUAAGCAGAAAAUAAGUAUUUACGUUAGAUGUUGCAUCUAUAUGAUGUGACAGACAUCUCAAGUCAAUUGGAGCAGCUGGAAGGAGAGUAGGAUUCAGAAGUAGUUUACAUCGAUAACAUUUUGAAUACAUUCCUAGGUGAUUUGAAGACAAUACAAAAGAAUAGAAGAGAAAAGAAGGACAAUUAAUAAUUAGGUACAUGUGAUAUGAAUAUUCAAGGCCAAUUCAAUUCAUUGUCACUAACAGUUUUGAACAAAGAAUCAAGCUUUGUUGAUUUAUCAGAGGAUAAGCUUUUAAUGGAAUAAUCAUGA